CCAGAAUGACGUCAUAUGUUGCGUCAGCCAGAGCCAACAUGGCGGACGAGAAAAACACAAACAUGAAAUCCGACAAGAGUAAAGCUUGUUUUAAUAGGUUUAAACAACUCGUAGAUGGCGUUAUGGAGGAAAAGGACCAACACGACGACGUACCUGAAAGCUGCACCACCGCGGAGUACUGCGACAAGUUACAGGCGUGGAUGUGCCACUACUACACGGGCUAUGUGACAUGGCAGAGCUGGCUGGCGGCAUCAGCCAUGUCCUAUCCCUGUGUCUUACAGUCCGUUAACGGGACGUCGACGGCGCAUCUCGAUUCUGCUUAUCAGAGUUUGUUCACCAGUCCGCUCGGCUUUCCGUUGUCGGCCCCUGCAGCUUCCUCGGGCAGCCGCGCAGGUGACGCCGCAAGCGGGGCUGCAGUGCCGACCCAGCCCCGGGAGCUCCAGCAGGAGAAUGGAAAUGCACGGAGGCCAGCAGGUCAAGAGUAUACUAUCCCAUCACCUCUACAAAGACUUCUGGCUGAAAUUGUGGACUUCCUCAUAUUGUUUGUCAUAAAAGCGAGCAUAAUUAUCAGUGUUAUGCAUAUGACUGGAAUCAAGGAUGUGUCCAAGUUUGCCUUGCAUUUUAUCGUGGAUGAAAUAGACGAGGAAACAUCAAUGGAGAAAUUGAUGCUGGUUGCUCUGUUCUACCCGAUAUUAGUGUGUUUUUAUGAGAUUGUGUGUAUUUGGGGACCAGGAGGAGCCACUCCAGGAAAGUUCAUUAUUGGACUCCGAGUUGUGACGUGCGACUCAUCAGUUCUGGUUCAGCCCAACCGGGUCCUUGUAGUGCCGGCGACUAAUGUCUCUUUCUCGGCGUCAACUGUCCGAGCCUUGAGCAAGAACUUUUCAAUCGCGUUCUUCUUCCCAGCUUUCAUCACGCAGCUUUUCUUCCAGCACAACAGGACUGUGUACGACAUGGUCGCUGGCACCAUUGUCGUCAAGCGCUCCAGGGUCAGAUGACCCCGACGAGCACCACAGCCUGCAAAUGUGCACCGCAAGGAGUGUUAGGAACUAAAUGUCACAACCUAAGUCUGGCUCAGCCGUUGUUGCGUCCUGGGCAGGGUCGGUGCAUAUGGGUAGGUCUGCAAGUGUCUCUUUGCCAAGUUUAUGUCUCUUUUCAAAUCUGGCGAGGGAAUUAAAACACAAUUGACCUCUUUUUAAAUGCUCAGAUGAGGGGUGAAUGUGCUUUUAAGCUGUAUGAAAGUCGCUAAUCUAUGUAUUCUUAAGCACACAUAUUGAUAAAUUAUAAAUGGGUUAUACUUGUAUAGCGCUUUUCUACCUUCAAGGUACUCAAAGCACUUUAACACUAUUUCCACAUUCACCCAUUCACACACUGAUGGCGGGUGCUGCCAUGCAAGGCCCUAACCACGACCCAUCAGGAGCAAGGGUGAAGUGUCUUGCUCAAGGACACAACGGAUGGCAGAAGCUGGGGAUCGAAUCAGGAACCCUUAAGUUGCUGGCACGGCUGCUCGGCCAACCGAGCCAUGCCGUUUGAUGUCAAACAGGACUAGGGAUGGGUACUCAAUCCUGGCCGUCCUACUUGGCAACAAUUCACAUAAAGCCCAACGGUGCCAUAUUUCGAUACCCGGGUUGCACGUGACGUCACGGCCAGUUGCGGACUCGGUUGUCUCUUUGCACUUCGACACUUGGCGAUCACUCCAGCAGCACUGAGAGCGGACUCAGUCAAACUACCAGUAUGUAAUGUUGCAAUUUUCAACGGCAUCAAAGUUAUUGACUAAAAAAAACGCUCCAAUGUAAGUAAAGUAAGGCUGCGCUCUUCCAAUCCUAAUAUAAAUUGGCUCUGCUUUUGACGAUUUUACAUGGCGAUCUCAACACCUCCUAACUUGUUAAUGGACACAACAACUAAGAUGCAAGUUACAAUCAAACAGCUGCUGCUUAAUAAGAACAACAAUUACAGUAUUAACACUGGGGUGCAACAAAAAAACUAAAUGCACCAUAAA